AUGUCGCGUCGUCGGAGCAACGGCCAUUCUCCAUUGAUCAACCAACAGCGCCAAAUCACUUCAUUCUUCUCCAAAACCACUUCGUCCCCAUCCCCCAUUUCUUCCAAAUCCAAACAAACUCAAAACCCUAACCCUAGCCCCGGUCCCAGCCCUAGCCACACCACUCCUCCGCCUCUCCAGUCCAAGCCCAAGCCCAAGAAAUCCCAUGGCCAAGAGGUUGUCGGCAAGAGGAUCAGGGUUUACUGGCCGUUGGAUGAUAUCUGGUACGAAGGUUAUGUGAAGUUGUUCAGUAAGGAUAAUGGUAAACAUUUAGUUCAGUACGAUGAUGCUGAAGAAGAGUUGUUGGAUUUGGGAAAGGAGAAGAUCGAAUGGGUCCAGGAAACCGUCAAGACCUUGAAACGUUUGAGGCGAGGCCCUUUGUCGACUUCCAACGAGGUCGUUGUGGAUGGGCAUGUGGUUAUGGAGGAUGAGGAUGAGGAUAAGGAAGGCAGCAAUGAUGUUGCUGACGAUGAUUCCAGCGACGAGGACUGGGGGAAGAGUGGGGACAAAGACCUAGUUGCUGAGGAGGAAGAGGAGCUUAUGGAAUUGGAGGAUGAUGAAGAUGAUGAAGUGCCCACAACAAGCACGAACAAAGGAAAGCGAGGCUUGAGGAAUAAACGAAAGGUGAAAGGUGGAGGGAAUUUGGGGUCUGCUAAGAAGACCAAGUGUGAUAAAGAUGUGAUGGAGCCUACCCCUAAUGCUGAGAUCACGAAGGUGGCUAAUGGUAUGAAUACUGUUGUAUCUGGUGAUGCCUCAGCAAGGUUUAUCGUUCGUGAAGCUGAGAAGUUGCAUUUCCUGGGGGAAGGGCGUAGGGAUGCCAAAAAAAGAUUUCCUGGAGAUGCAAAUUAUGAUCCAAGAACUCUUUACUUACCUCCUGAUUUCUUGAAGAGUUUAUCAGGUGGCCAGAGACAAUGGUGGGAGUUUAAGUCAAAGCACAUGGACAAAGUUAUCUUUUUCAAGAUGGGCAAAUUUUAUGAACUUUUUGAAAUGGAUGCACACAUAGGAGCAAAAGAACUUGGUCUGCAAUAUAUGAAGGGUGAACAACCCCACUGUGGAUUCCCAGAGAAGAAUUUCUCGAUGAAUGUGGAGAAACUGGCUAGGAAGGGGUAUCGAGUUCUUGUUAUAGAGCAGACAGAAACACCUGAACAGAUGGAGCUUCGUCGCAAAGAGGAUGGCUCUAAAGAUAAGGUUGUGAAACGUGAAAUAUGUGCAGUGGUUACAAAAGGAACUCUAACUGAGGGAGAGAUGCUGUCAGCAAACCCUGAUGCUUCUUAUCUAAUGGCAGUGACUGAAAACUCUCAGAAUGUGGCAAACCAAAAUACAGAGCGGAUUUUUGGGGUUUGUGUAGUUGAUGUUGCUACCAGCCGCGUCAUUCUUGGGCAGUUUGGAGAUGAUUUAGAGUGCAGUGCCUUGUCUUGUCUCUUGUCUGAGCUGAGGCCCGUGGAAAUUAUAAAACCUGUAAAACUACUUGGUCCUGAAACAGAGAAAGUACUGCUAAGGCAUACAAGAAGUCCACUAGUCAAUGAGUUAGUCCCACUUUUAGAAUUCUGGGAUGCUGAGAGAACUGCUCAGGAGAUUAGACGUAUCUACAGGUGCACCGUUGAUCAAUUGGUUUCUGGUUCUCCAAAGACAUCCAACUUACAUUCCAAUGAUUCUCAUUUGGAAGAAGAUGACUUGGGCUGCCUGCCAGAUGUGUUGUCAGAGCUUAUGAGAACAGGUGAGAAUGGCAUCUGUGCACUUUCAGCUCUUGGAGGCGUUCUUUUUUAUUUAAAGCAGGCUUUUCUGGAUGAGACAUUACUCCGAUUUGCAAAAUUCGAGUUACUUCCAAGUUCUGGUUUUGGUGAUAUUGUAUCAAAACCAUACAUGGUUCUUGACUCAGCUGCCCUGGAGAACCUUGAGAUUUUUGAGAACAGCAGAAAUGGAGACUCUUCAGGGACAAUGUAUGCACAAUUGAACCACUGUGUCACCGGAUUUGGGAAGCGAUUGCUUAAAACAUGGCUUGCAAGACCUCUAUAUCAUGUAGAGUUGAUAAAGGAACGCCAGGAUGCUGUUGCAAGUCUUCAGGGAGUUAAUCUUCCUUAUGCACUUGAAUUUCGAAAAGCAAUGUCUAGGCUUCCAGACAUGGAGCGGUUGCUUGCACGUGUCUUCUCUAGUAGUAAAGCUUGCGGGAGGAAUGCUAAUAAGGUUGUUUUAUACGAGGAUGCUGCUAAAAAACAGCUUCAGGAGUUUAUUUCAGCUUUGCACGGUUGUGAACUAAUGGUUCAGACAUGUUGUUCUCUUGGAGUCAUCUUGGAGCAUGUUGAAUCUAGACAACUUCAUCAUUUGCUUACACCGGGUCAAGGUCUUCCUGAUGUCAACUCAAUUUUAAAACAUUUUAAGGAUGCCUUUGAUUGGGUACAAGCCAAUAGUUCAGGUCGUAUAAUACCUCAUGAAGGAGUUGAUAUUGAAUAUGACUCUUCCUGUGAAAAAGUAAAGGAGAUAGAAUCUCAUUUAACAAAAUACCUCCAAGAACAGAGAAGAUUACUUGGAAAUAAAUCGAUCACUUAUGUCACUGUUGGAAAAGAUUCUUACCUGUUGGAAGUGCCAGAAAGUCUGCGUGGGAGUAUUCCUCGAGAUUAUGAGUUAUGUUCAUCAAAAAAGGGUAUCUUCAGAUACUGGACACCAAAUAUUAAGAAAUCAUUGACAGAGCUAUCGGAAGCUGAAACUGGUAAAGAGUCCUCACUAAAAAGCAUUCUGCAUAGGUUAAUUGGACAAUUCUGCGAGCAUCAUCUUAAAUGGAGACAAUUGGUCUCUGUGACUGCAGAAUUGGAUGUUUUAAUCAGUCUAGCAAUAGCAAGUGAUUAUUUUGAAGGACCGUCUUGUCGGCCAGUUAUCAUGAGUUCAUCAUGUACUAAUGAGGUACCCCACUUCUCUGCAAAAAGUUUGGGACAUCCGGUUCUUAAAAGUGAUUCUUUGGGGAAAGGUACAUUUGUCUCCAAUGACAUUAUUAUUGGAGGUUCUGGCCAUGCGAGCUUUAUCCUUCUCACUGGUCCAAACAUGGGUGGAAAGUCAACUCUUCUUCGCCAAGUUUGCUUGGCUGCGAUUUUAGCCCAGUUAGGAGCAGAUGUGCCUGCAGAGAGCUUUGAGCUAUCUCCUGUUGACCGAAUCUUUGUUCGUAUGGGUGCCAGAGAUCAUAUCAUGGUAGGCCAAAGUACAUUUCUGACAGAGCUUUCAGAAACCGCAACAAUGCUGUCGUCUGCUACUCGUAAUUCAUUGGUGGCACUGGAUGAACUUGGACGUGGAACAUCGACUUCAGACGGACAAGCCAUUGCGGAAUCUGUUCUUGAACAUUUUGUCUACAAGGUCCAGUGUCGAGGAAUGUUUUCUACCCAUUAUCAUCGACUAGCUGUAGAUUAUCAGAACAAUCCUGAGGUUUCACUCUGCCAUAUGGCAUGCCAAGUUGGAAAUGGAGACGGAGGUGUGGAAGAAGUUACAUUUCUUUACAGGCUGACUCCUGGUGCAUGCCCUAAAAGCUAUGGUGUCAACAUUGCACGGUUAGCUGGACUUCCUAUUUCUGUCCUUCAAAAAGCUGCUGCUAAGUCUAGGGAAUUCGAGGCUACAUAUGGUAAACACAUGAAGGCAGAUAGCUUUUUCUUUCAAAGUCCAGUUGACAACAUGGUAAGUUGCAUCCAAGAGUUGAUUAGUGCUGUGGAAAAAUGGACUAGUCAUGAGUCUACCAAGAGCACUGACAUUGACUCCCUAACUGAAGUUUGGCAUAGAGCAAGAAUACUUGAGCAACAAAGUUGA